AUGCUCUCCCCGGACGCCCCAGAGCGUCGCGAUGCUCUCCCCGGACGCCCCAGAGCGUCGCUAUGCUCUCCCCGGACGCCCCAGAGCGUCGCGAUGCUCUCCCAGACGCCCCAGAGCGUCGCGAUGCUCUCCCCGGACGCCCCAGAGCGUCGCAAUGCUCUCCUCGGACGCCCCAAAACGUCGCGAUGCUCUCCCCGGACGCCCCAGAGCGUCGCGAUGCUCUCCCCGGACGCCCCAGAGCGUCGCGAUGCUCUCCCAGGACGCCCUAGAGCGUCGCGAUGCUCUCCCCGGACGCCCAAGAGCGUCGCGAUGCUCUCCCCGGACGCCCCAGAGCGUCGCGAUGCUCUCCCCAGCCGCCCUAGAGCGUCGCGAUGCUCUCCCCGGACGCCCCAGAGCGUCGCGAUGCUCUCCCCGGACGCCCCAGAGCGUCGCGAUGCUCUCCCCGGACGCCCCAGAGCGUCGCAAUGCUCUCCUCGGACGCCCCAAAACGUCGCAAUGCUCUCCCCGGACGCCCCAGAGCGUCGCGAUGCUCUCCCCGGACGCCCCAGAGCGUCGCGAUGCUCUCCCCGGACGCCCCAGAGCGUCGCUAUGCUCUCCCCGGACGCCCCAGAGCGUCGCGAUGCUCUCCCAGACGCCCCAGAGGGUCGCGAUGCUCUCCCCGGACGCCCCAGAGCGUCGCGAUGCUCUCCCCGGACGCCCCAGAGCAUCGCGAUGCUCUCCCCGGACGCCCUAGAGCGUCGCGAUGCUCUCCCGGGACGCCCAAGAGCGUCGCGAUGCUCUCCCCGGACGCCCCAGAGCGUCGCGAUGCUCUCCUCGGACGCCCCAGAGCGUCGCGAUGCUCUCCCCGGACGCCCCAGAGCGUCGCGAUGCUCUCCCCGGACGCCCCAGAGCGUCGCUAUGCUCUCCCCGGACGCCCCAGAGCGUCGCGAUGCUCUCCCCGGACGCCCCAGAGCGUCGCGAUGCUCUCCCCGGACGCCCCAGAGCGUGGCGAUGCUCUCCCCGGACGCCCCAGAGCAUCGCGAUGCUCUCCCCGGACGCCCCAGAGCGUCGCGAUGCUCUCCCCGGACGCCCAAGAGCGUCGCGAUGCUCUUCCCAGCCGCCCCAGAGCGGACGCCCCAGAGCGUCGCAAUGCUCUCCUCGGACGCCCCAAAACGUCGCGAUGCUCUCCCCGGACGCCCCAGAGCGUCGCGAUGCUCUCCCCGGACGCCCCAGAGCGUCGCGAUGCUCUCCCCGGACGCCCUUGAGCGUCGCUAUGCUCUCCCCGGACGCCCCAGAGCGUCGCGAUGCUCUCCCCGGACGCCCCAGAGCGUCGCGAUGCUCUCCCCGGACGCCCCAGAGCGUCGCGAUGCUCUACCCGGACGCCCCAGAGCGUCGCGAUGCUCUUCCCAGCCGCCCCAGAGCGGACGCCCCAGAGCGUCGCGAUGCUCUCCCCGGACGCCCCAGAGCGUGGCGAUGCUCUCCCCGGACGCCCAAGAGCGUCGCGAUGCUCUUCCCAGCCGCCCCAGAGCGGACGCCCCAGAGCGUCGCGAUGCUCUUCCCAGCCGCCCCAGAGCGGACGCCCCAGAGCGUCGCAAGCGUCGCUAUGCUCUCCCCGGACGCCCCAGAGCGUCGCGAUGCUCUCCCCGGACGCCCCAGAGCGUCGCGAUGCUCUCCCCGGACGCCCUAGAGCGUCGCGAUGCUCUACCCGGACGCCCCAGAGCGUCGCGAUGCUCUUCCCAGCCGCCCCAGAGCGGACGCCCCAGAGCGUCGCGAUGCUCUCCCCGGACGCCCCAGAGCGUGGCGAUGCUCUCCCCGGACGCCCAAGAGCGUCGCGAUGCUCUUCCCAGCCGCCCCAGAGCGGACGCCCUAGAGCGUCGCGAUGCUCUUCCCAGCCGCCCCAGAGCGGACGCCCCAGAGCGUCGCGAUGCUCUCCCCGGACGCCCCAGAGCGUGGCGAUGCUCUCCCCGGACGCCCAAGAGCGUCGCGAUGCUCUUCCCAGCCGCCCCAGAGCGGACGCCCCAGAGCGUCGCGAUGCUCUUCCCAGCCGCCCCAGAGCGGACGCCCCAGAGCGUCGCAGUGCUCUCCUCGGACGCCCCAAAACGUCGCGAUGCUCUCCCCGGACGCCCCAGAGCGUCGCGAUGCUCUCCCCGGACGCCCCAGAGCGUCGCGAUGCUCUCCCCGGACGCCCCAGAGCGUCGCGAUGCUCUCCCCGGACGCCCCAGAGCGUCGCUAUGCUCUCCCCGGACGCCCCAGAGCGUCGCGAUGCUCUCCCCGGACGCCCCAGAGCGUCGCGAUGCUCUCCCCGGACGCCCUAGAGCGUCGCGAUGCUCUACCCGGACGCCCCAGAGCGUCGCGAUGCUCUUCCCAGCCGCCCCAGAGCGGACGCCCCAGAGCGUCGCGAUGCUCUCCCCGGACGCCCCAGAGCACGCCCCAGAGCGUCGCGAUGCUCUUCCCAGCCGCCCCAGAGCGUCGAAAUGCUCUCCCCGGACGCCCCAGAGCGUCGCGAUGCUCUCCCCGGACGCCCCAGAGCGUCGCGAUGCUCUCCCCGGACGCCCCAGAGCGCCGCGAUGCUCUCCCCGGACGCCCCAGAGCGUCGCGAUGCUCUCCCCAGACGCCCUAGAGCGUCGCGAUGCUCUACCCGGACGCCCCAGAGCCUUGCGAUGCUCUCCCCGGACGCCCCAGAGCGUCGCGAUGCUCUCCCCGGACGCCCCAGAGCGUCGCGAUGCUCUCCCCGGACGCCCCAGAGCGUCGCGAUGCUCUCCCCGUACGCCCCAGAGCGUCGCGAUGCUCUCCCCGGACGCCCCAGAGCGUCGCGAUGCUCUUCCCAGCCGCCCCAGAGCGGACGCCCCAGAGCGUCGCAAUGCUCUCCUCGGACGCCCCAAAACGUCGCGAUGCUCUCCCCGGACGCCCCAGAGCGUCGCGAUGCUCUCCCCGGACGCCCCAGAGCGUCGCGAUGCUCUCCCCGGACGCCCCAGAGCGUCGCUAUGCUCUCCCCGGACGCCCCAGAGCGUCGCGAUGCUCUCCCGGACGCCCCAGAGCGUCGCGAUGCUCUCCCCGGACGCCCCAGAGCGUCGCAAUGCUCUCCUCGGACGCCCCAAAACGUCGCGAUGCUCUCCCCGGACGCCCCAGAGCGUCGCGAUGCUCUCCCCGGACGCCCCAGAGCGUCGCGAUGCUCUCCCCGGACGCCCCAGAGCGUCGCUAUGCUCUCCCCGGACGCCCCAGAGCGUCGCGAUGCUCUCCCCGGACGCCCCAGAGCGUCGCGAUGCUCUCCCCGGACGCCCUAGAGCGUCGCGAUGCUCUACCCGGACGCCCCAGAGCGUCGCGAUGCUCUUCCCAGCCGCCCCAGAGCGGACGCCCCAGAGCGUCGCGAUGCUCUUCCCAGCCGCCCCAGAGCGGACGCCCCAGAGCGUCGCAAUGCUCUCCUCGGACGCCCCAAAACGUCGCGAUGCUCUCCCCGGACGCCCCAGAGCGUCGCGAUGCUCUCCCCGGACGCCCCAGAGCGUCGCGAUGCUCUCCCCGGACGCCCCAGAGCGUCGCUAUGCUCUCCCCGGACGCCCCAGAGCAGCGUCGCAAUGCUCUCCUCGGACGCCCCAAAACGUCGCAAUGCUCUCCCCGGACGCCCCAGAGCGUCGCGAUGCUCUCCCCGGACGCCCCAGAGCGUCGCGAUGCUCUCCCCGGACGCCCCAGAGCGUCGCUAUGCUCUCCCCGGACGCCCCAGAGCGUCGCGAUGCUCUCCCAGACGCCCCAGAGCGUCGCGAUGCUCUCCCCGGACGCCCCAGAGCGUCGCGAUGCUCUCCCCGGACGCCCCAGAGCGUCGCGAUGCUCUCCCCGGACGCCCUAGAGCGUCGCGAUGCUCUCCCGGGACGCCCAAGAGCGUCGCGAUGCUCUCCCCGGACGCCCCAGAGCGUCGCGAUGCUCUCCUCGGACGCCCCAGAGCGUCGCGAUGCUCUCCCCGGACGCCCCAGAGCGUCGCGAUGCUCUCCCCGGACGCCCCAGAGCGUCGCUAUGCUCUCCCCGGACGCCCCAGAGCGUCGCGAUGCUCUCCCCGGACGCCCCAGAGCGUCGCGAUGCUCUCCCCGGACGCCCCAGAGCGUGGCGAUGCUCUCCCCGGACGCCCCAGAGCAUCGCGAUGCUCUCCCCGGACGCCCCAGAGCGUCGCGAUGCUCUCCCCGGACGCCCAAGAGCGUCGCGAUGCUCUUCCCAGCCGCCCCAGAGCGGACGCCCCAGAGCGUCGCAAUGCUCUCCUCGGACGCCCCAAAACGUCGCGAUGCUCUCCCCGGACGCCCCAGAGCGUCGCGAUGCUCUCCCCGGACGCCCCAGAGCGUCGCGAUGCUCUCCCCGGACGCCCUUGAGCGUCGCUAUGCUCUCCCCGGACGCCCCAGAGCGUCGCGAUGCUCUCCCCGGACGCCCCAGAGCGUCGCGAUGCUCUCCCCGGACGCCCCAGAGCGUCGCGAUGCUCUACCCGGACGCCCCAGAGCGUCGCGAUGCUCUUCCCAGCCGCCCCAGAGCGGACGCCCCAGAGCGUCGCGAUGCUCUCCCCGGACGCCCCAGAGCGUGGCGAUGCUCUCCCCGGACGCCCAAGAGCGUCGCGAUGCUCUUCCCAGCCGCCCCAGAGCGGACGCCCCAGAGCGUCGCGAUGCUCUUCCCAGCCGCCCCAGAGCGGACGCCCCAGAGCGUCGCAGUGCUCUCCUCGGACGCCCCAAAACGUCGCGAUGCUCUCCCCGGACGCCCCAGAGCGUCGCGAUGCUCUCCCCGGACGCCCCAGAGCGUCGCGAUGCUCUCCCCGGACGCCCCAGAGCGUCGCGAUGCUCUCCCCCGGACGCCCCAGAGCGUCGCUAUGCUCUCCCCGGACGCCCCAGAGCGUCGCGAUGCUCUCCCCGGACGCCCCAGAGCGUCGCGAUGCUCUCCCCGGACGCCCUAGAGCGUCGCGAUGCUCUACCCGGACGCCCCAGAGCGUCGCGAUGCUCUUCCCAGCCGCCCCAGAGCGGACGCCCCAGAGCGUCGCGAUGCUCUCCCCGGACGCCCCAGAGCGUGGCGAUGCUCUCCCCGGACGCCCAAGAGCGUCGCGAUGCUCUUCCCAGCCGCCCCAGAGCGGACGCCCUAGAGCGUCGCGAUGCUCUUCCCAGCCGCCCCAGAGCGGACGCCCCAGAGCGUCGCAGUGCUCUCCUCGGACGCCCCAAAACGUCGCGAUGCUCUCCCCGGACGCCCCAGAGCGUCGCGAUGCUCUCCCCGGACGCCCCAGAGCGUCGCGAUGCUCUCCCCGGACGCCCCAGAGCGUCGCUAUGCUCUCCCCGGACGCCCCAGAGCGUCGCGAUGCUCUCCCGGACGCCCAAGAGCGUUGCGAUGCUCUCCCCGGACGCCCCAGAGCGUCGCGAUGCUCUCCCCGGACGCCCCUGA